GAAAUCAUUUGGUAGUCAACAAUGCCAGUAGUGCAUAGGAGAAUAAUUGCAGAAGAUCCGGAUCCAAUGACGAUUCCUACGGAGCUUUACUGCAUUUGUCGGCAGAGCCAUGCCAAUGGAUUUAUGAUCUGCUGUGACAACUGCAACGAGUGGUUCCAUGGAACGUGCAUCGGCGUAACUGACGAAAAAGGUCACACCUAUGACUCCUUCUAUUGCAAAAGAUGCCGGCUCAGGAAUUCCCGGCUGAGAUGCACCUUUAAAAGUAAUCCAACCAAUCCUGCUGUUCCCAAGGAGGAUCCCAAGGAGGUUCACAAGCCCAAAACAUCCAGAGUAAUCAACUCAGCCGGCGUGAGGCAGCGACCACCCAUUACUCGCAGGAAAUCCAUGUUCUGCUCGUCGACAUCUCACAACCUCGAAAUGGAAUCGGCUCUUCCGGAAAAGUCAAAAGCGAAAACCUCUGCAGCUGUCACAAAAAAUCCAAAACGGGGCAGCCAAGUAGAAGUGGCCACGAAUAUUGACCCAAAUGCAAUUGAAGCAGCCAAGACGACGGAUCCAAAGUCGGUCGAAAAGACCUACGAAACGAAGGAAACGCAAUGCAAUUUGUUUCGAGAGUUGGCAACAGAAGCCACUGAUGAUCAAUAUCCGCCGGGAAAGUCCGGCGAGAGGGGCAUCUGCUUCGCCAACACCUGCACUGAGAAGGCUCGACCGGAUUCCAGAUACUGUUCCGAUGAGUGUGGCAAUUUCACCGCCCUCACGAGGGUGUUUUCCUUCGCGCCCCAUUUCGUUCCUGCUUGGGCAUUGGGAUGUGAUGGAUCGAGGCCCAAGGAUUUGACGGUUGUGAACAAUAGUCAGCACAACAUGCUUACGGCAAACGAAUCGGAAAAUGAAUGGGAAAAUAGUCAUGUGUCAAGGGAAAGUUCACAGCCUACUGAGGUGGAAAGGAAAGCCGAAUCUGAGGCUAAAAGAGCAAAAGAAGAUGUAAGAGGCAAAAUUGAUUAUUUCUCCAGAAGAAAAUCGAGAUCUUCGCGAUAUCAUAGUCCCAAAUCGGUAAAUAACACUGAUACUCGCCAUAGUCCAGCAAAAAAAAAUCGAAUCCAAGAAGAUUUAACCUUAGCUAAAACGAAAAACACCAAAAAGUCAAUAUCUGAACACAAAAAUGCUGAUUCUGAGUCACUACAAAGUUCAAUGACGCAGCCAAAAGAAAACAGCAAAACUACUCAUAGCCACCGAGCAGAAAAACGAUAUUUAUCUCGUAGUUCUUCUGAGGAACCCGAAAUAGUUCCCUCCAGACGUUCGAGGUUACAUUCUAGGGAGAUAAAUACUAAGACUCCUUGUGCGUCACCAAAAUCUUCCACAAAAAAAUAUAGAUUCCAAGAAGAUUUAACCUUAGCUAAAUCGAAAAGCUCCAAAAAUUCCAUAGUUGAACACAAAAAUGCUGAUUCUGAAUCACGACAAGGUUCAAGGACGCAGACAAAAGAAAACAGCAAAACUUCUCAUAGCCACCGAGCAGAAAAACGAUAUUUACAUUGUAGUUCUUCUGAGGAACCCGAUAUAAUUUCCUCCAGACGUUCGAGGUUACAUUCGAGCGAAAAAAAUACUAAGACUCCUUGUGCGUCACCUAAAUCUUCCAAAACAAGUUACAAUACAUCUAAAACCCUACCUAGCUCACCGAACCCAUUUAGAAACAUUCCUGAACAAAAAACUCAAUCUGUAAAACCAUUUCCUAGUACAGCAACCAACAAGUCCUACUGUCAGUCAAAAAUAGCUAAUACACAAAACAAUAUUCCUGCAAAAACAAUAGUCGAUAAUGUUAGAAAACCUUCUAAACCAAAAAACCAAAACACUAGUCGAACAGCAAGCCCCGUUCCUUCACCCAAGCGCCUGAAAUCAAAAUCUGGGACAGCCAACCAAGAAAAUGUGGCGAUCUAUUAUGAGCCAAAAUCAGAAAGCGAAAAAAUAAAGGCUAUUAGUGCCAUAGUAUCCACACUGUUGCCCGAGCAGAAGGCCUGUUUGGCCAGAAAGAGGAGUUUGAUGAAGAUGGCCAUGGAACAGCAGGUGACUGCCAGGAGGAAAAGUCUAAGGGACAUUCGUUAG